GAACAUGCGUACACAUGACGUCUAACAUGUGUUUCCGGUAACUUUCGAUAUGACUGAAGAAAGAAAAAACUCGUGCGAACCAUUUGAAAAUGAGAGACCAACAGAGAAGACCCAGUCUUCCGAAAUAAAAUUCAGUGAAAAACCAACGCUAGAAGAUAUAAGGGCACUCCAGGAAGAAUUUUCAGCAGAAAGAAACUGGAACCAAUAUCAUACUCCUAGAAAUAUACUUCUUGCUUUAGUGGGAGAAGUUGGAGAGCUAUCUGAAAUUUUUCAGUGGAAAGGAGAAGUUAAAGUUGGACUUCCUGAAUUUACGGAAGAAGAAAAGAAGCACGUAGGCCAAUAAAUGAGUGAUGUUUUGAUUUACCUUGUACGAUUAGCUGACAGGUGUAAGAUAGACCUCCCGGCAGCUGUAUUACAAAAGUUUGAGCAGAAUAGACAGAAAUAUCCUGCCAAAAAGGUGUACGGCAAAAGUGAUAAAUAUACUGCUUAUGAAUAAAUAUUUUAAUAUUAGCCAAUUAA